CCGGUCUCAGUACUAGUCUGACUGCAGCGUGGAGCACAGCCCUGUCGGAUUACGCUCGCCCAAUCGGCUAAUCACAGAACGCAGCGCGGAGCCCCCGUCGAGCUGAGCAGCAUGGGGAGCAGCAUGUCAUGUGUCCCCCAGCACAACUUCAGGUUCUCCAGCAAGAGUUUCAUCCGCAGAAACAGCAGUCGCCUGUUCCGCAGGAAGAACCCUCAAGAGGGACAGGAGAAGUCCAACAGCAUCAUCAACAUACUGUGUACCGUCACCCCCCGGAAGGAGCUCUCCCCCAAAGACCUGCAGACAAUAGAGAACAUUAAAUGGGAUCCUCCUUUUCCUUACGACCCGGCCAGUGGCUGGAAGAAAAGCAGCAUCAAUGUCAAGAAUUACGGACGGAUGAUUCACAGCUCGAAAGUCCGCUUCCGGUUCCACCACUGCCAGGAUGUACACGACUGCUACUUGGAUCUCUUCCAGACACACCUUCACUUUGUGUCCAACAACACCACUGGACUGACGUACCAGGGAACUCUUCCGCUGAAAGAGCUCACCAUCUGUAACCUGCAGCAGAACUGCAACCACAGCCAACCCCAGGAAUUCGCCUUUCAAAUAAACGGUGUCAGCCUUAAUCCGAUCAUCGUCUACUAUGCCAGCCAGGAGGAACUGGACCUCUGGUUUGGUCUGCUCAAAGAAAACAUCGAGGCCAACGGAGGGACAGCGAUCGUGCCGGAAACCUGCACUCGAGUGAAACACAAGUCUGCUGAGGGCAAAGAGGAGCUGAGAAACUCCAUCAACAGAGAGCCCAUCUACGAGUGGGAGGGCUCCCAGCGGGACAGUCUGGGCUCCAUCACCUACGUGACUAAAGUCCGGCUGCAGCACCUGCCCUGCCAGGAACAGAGUGACAGGCUGCUGGUGAUGUACCCGUCCACGCUGAUCAUCCUGUCAGAGCAGAACGAUGGGCUCUUCUACAAGGGGAAGCUUCCACUCAAUAUGAUCACGGUGACCACUCCCUGCCAAGACGUCAAACCCAACACCUUCAUGAUCGAAGGGAAGCUGAUCAACCCCAUAGUGGUGUCGUGUCCGGACCGCAGCGAGUUCUGCGAGUGGAUCCGGCACUUCAAAGCCGCCGACGUGCCCGUCCUCAGCCCCCCGCCCCCCGUGUACGACAUCAUCUACACCCCCACGCACCGAGAGGCGGCGCAGUUCGACAGGUGGAGCGCAAACAGCCAGAACGAGCCACGUCCGCAGAGCAAGCGAGGCUCCUACGGCCUGCAGAUGCCCCUCCACGCAGACAACCCCCUCUCCCCGGGAUACACCGAACCCCUCUGUUACAUCUCCAGCCGUCCCUCCUCGACCGAGACGGCCCGGCUGGGCAGCCGGACCAACAGCGUGUCCUCCCACACCCGGCCCGAGCUGUCGCUGCGCUACUCCUCGCCCCAGCGCGGCUCCUACCUCCAGCCGGCCGAGAGCGCGAUGGCGUCCCAGGUCUACAGCACGCCCUACUCGGCCCUGCAGCGCGCCAGCCCACCGCGGCUGGAGAAGGCCCCGCUCGUCAAGUCCAACAGCUGGAGCACACCUCAGUCGUCCGUCAACUACCCCCUCAGCGCCCCCCAGCGCCACUCGGACAUGUGCGCCCCCCGGCAGCCCUUGUCGCCGCUGUACGACGAGCCCUGCAGCCCCGAGAUCUACUCCCUCGACGAGGCUCGACCCGCGCUGCCGACCUGGAAGCAGCCGGUUCAGCACCACCAGGAGCCGGACCCCCUGCCCUCCUCCUUCCAGCUCUGCACCCCUCCAAUGGGCAGGCGCUGCCGGAGAAACCACCCGGAGCCGAGUCAGGCGGAGCAGAGAGCGGAGGCCGUGUCGAGGCUGAAGCUGCUGCCUGCACGCGGCCAAGUUCCGGAGCAGAUACUCUUCCCGUCGAGUUCUUCGAGGAACGCGCCUCAGAUGUCCUACAGUUACUCAUCAGAUCAUCAUUCCUACCUUGAACCCAGAGAACCAGAUGACCAGGAAAUCGACUAUGACAACAUUUGGGAGUACGACUGCGAUACUGGAAUGAUUCAGCCAACGUCUGGAAUUUCGACACACUGGACGGGAUUAGACUUUGGGGCCAGAGGCCUUGGUGCCAUGGCAACGCAGCAGAGAUGGUCAUAAAACAAAACAAGAGCUCUGCACUUGUCUGGACGUGUGCAAACAACAGAUCUGUAUCAGGAUAAUAAAAGCCAACCAGCGCAGCCCGUGUCGCUCCUGUACAGUGUGAACCAGCAAAUCCUGCUAAGAGCUGGUCGACGUCGGGACAGUCGAGCGGCACAAAGACGAGUCCAGGCAAAAGACAACAGAGUCCAGAGACGCAGUUCAGCCGUCUGUUAUGUAGCAUUCAAAGAAGUCAGUGCAUUACAAACUGCAAAACAUUACAAAGCUUUAACUUUAUAUUUAAUAUUUUAUUAUAUAAUUGCACAAAACCUUUCAAACAUUGUGCCAGAACCUGCAGUUUUUAUUAUGUAAGUAUUUUCAAACGUGUUGUUUGGAGUUUUGUUUCUACAAAGCAUUCCACCUGUAAAAACGCUUAUGUUUGCUUUUGCUGUAUGUUAUUUUAUUAUGUUACACUGUCAAGAGAAAUAGAUUUGGCUUUGUGACUGCCUUAAAAAGGUGCUAGCAGUGUGUGGCUUUCCGUUUUCAUCGUUUGAGGUGUUUUCUUUAUAAUAUGUAUAUAAUAUUUACAAAUAAAACUGAAAAAUUA